AUUUUGUGUUCGGCUGUUUGACGUAUAUUUUUCGACUUUUGACAAUUUAUUUAUAACUAACUACUAAUGUAGGUAGUCAUUUAUUUUAACUACACCUAAAUUCAAUAUGUCUUUAUUACACUCCAGGUAAUUAAUACAUUUUAUUAAACUUAUAUUUACUUAGGUAGUUAGUAGAUAUACCUAAGCUGGUAAUAAUUGUUAUUAAUGGUAUUCGGUUUUACUUAAAAUACCAUUUUAUUAUUGUUCAAUUUAUAAUAUUAGACAUUUAAACGCGGAUAAUCUAUUUUACUUGAGGAUAUAGGAUUUGUUGUUAAAAUAUUAAAUAAUAUAAUAAUAAUUGUAUAAUUGUUAAAUAUUUGGUAUUUUUAGGGGCUGGACACUCAUUAUUAAGAAACAAUGGGUAGUCUCCAAUUAUUUUUGGUCUAUUAUAAUAUUAUUAUGGAUUUAAAAUAUUGGAUGAUUAAAAAUGUUCAGUUUUAUACAAUUUUAGUUUUAAUUGUUUGGUUGUUUGAAAUGCAAAUUUUUAAAAACAUAAUAUUUAAUUGUUCAAAUAUUACUACUAAACUGAUUAACUGAUUUAUUGUUUAUAAUUUGUAUGUUUUUUUUAGUUCCAAACCUAAUGAGACCUUAAAUAAUGGGCUAAUUGAAGUGGACAUUAUAAGACAAGACAAUUUGGCUUAUGAAUAUUUAUGUCAUUUAGAAGAAACUAAAGUGUAAGUUUUUGAUAAUUGUAUAUGUUGUAACAAUAUUAAAAUCAGUUAUACUUAGAUUUUUAUAAAGACAUGUAUAAUCAUUUAUUUUUUUUAUUAUUUAGUGUUGACGAUUACUUAUAAGUAGUAUAUUAAUUAAUAUUCUACUUUUAUCCGUUUUAGAUGGUUAGAAUCUUGUUUAAAAACUACUUUACCACCUGUUACGGAACUAGAAGAUAGUUUAAGAAAUGGAGUUUUACUAGCAAAACUAGGGAAUUUUAUAGCACCUUCAACUGUACCAUUAUCUUGUAUUUAUGAUCGUGAUGAAAGACGUUUCAAGACAGCCGGUCUACAGUAUCGACACACAGACAACAUAAAUUAUUGGUUAAAAUCUUUAAAUGUUGUUAAUCUACCAAAAGUAAUUAUUUUAAAGUUUUGUUAUGAAAUUAAAAAUAUUGAAACAAUCAUGUAUGGUUUUUAGAUAUUUCAUCCUGAAACCACUGAUGUAUAUGAUAAAAAAAAUAUACCAAAAGUGAUUUAUUGUCUGCAUGCUCUUAGUACACAUUUAUUCAAACGAGGCCAAGCACCUUUAAUUCAAGAUUUAUAUGGGAAAGUUGAUUUUUCAGGUAGAAGAUAUUUUAAUUAUAAUUAUCACACAAUAUUUCAUGCUUUUUUAUUUUAGUUGAAACGAUAACUGCUACAAGAAAAGAAUUGGCAGAAAAUGGUAUAGAACUUCCUAAGUUUCAAAAAAUUGCAGGAUUAUUGUCAGAAGAUGUAAAGGGUGAUACAUUAACAUUGCAUGAAGCAAUUUUGGAAAUAAAUAAUGCUAUUGUUUCAAAGGUUGUCAAAAACCAUUUAAAGUUAAUAUUAAUUUUAUAAUAAUACAUUUUGUUAUGUUUAAGGAUAUGAAUUAUUUCACCAAAAGUCUAUGCAAAAAAGUGGCAAAGUUACAAUUUAUUAAUUUGAAUUAUGUAGAACACUAUUUAGAAAUCUUACGUGAUGCAAAACAUGCAAAAGAAGAAUCAACCAUGAAUAAAGUAUUAUAUUCGAAUCAAAUAAUAUUUGAAUAAUUACCCUAUUAAAUUUAAAUAAAUAAAUAAUUUGUUUUCUUCCUUUUUUACUUCAACCUAUUUUAUUUACUCCUUCCACAUCUAUUAUAAAAUAAAUCUUAUUAAUAAAUAUAAUUGUUUUAUAGUCAUUAAGUGAAAGUUUUGAACCAGAUAUUUAUGAUGACAUUUUAACACAAAAUGAAAUACAAGGAUAUAUUUCAUCAACAAAUAGUGAGUUCAUUUUAAUAUAUUUUUAAUAAUUGAUAAAAUAAUUUUUUUUUUUUUCUAAGUUGACCUAAUUUGGAAUGAAAUGAGAAGAGCAAAAUGUGAAGAUGAAGUGAUUAACAUAUUGAAAUCAAAAUAUAUUCCACUUACAGUAAUUCUAUUGUAUUUUUAUGUUAAAUUCAUUCUAUAUGUUAUUCAUUUUCCCUAGGAUGUUCGCAAACAAAAUGGUAUGUACUAUAAAACCGAGUUUGAAAAUCUUUCAAAGACUAUAAAUUAUAAUAAUUUAAAUACAAUUGAUAAAAAAUGUUUUCUUCAACGUAUUGUUAAUACUGGAAAUCAAUCUGCAUUAAACUAUCAAAAAAGUAAGAUUUUUAUUUAUCAAUUAAGUUAAUAAAUAUUUUUAACUUACAAAUAUUAUAUUUUGUAGAGGAAACUUCAAUAAAAAAAUUAAAUGAUAAAUUAAUUAUUGAUGACAUAGAUGGUUUUGCACAAAUUCUUAAAGAUCCUAUACUUAACUUGAAUCAUCUUAUUAAUGAAUUUGCAAUUCCUUUGUAUUUUGAAGAACUGAAGGUGGAUCGAUAUGAUUUAAAUGUAAGAUUAUAAUUUCAGUACUUAUGAUUUUAUUUAUAACUACCCUUGCAUUAUAUGCGUACUUGUUUAAAUGACCUGGUUAUUUCAUUUGUACACAUAACUCAUAAAAUGUUUUAACUGUAACUUUUAAAUGCCUGGUUACAUGAUGUGUAGUACUUGUAACUCGCACUAGUACUUGUCACUCGCAAUUGGACUACACGAUCACAUACAACACAAUUUAUUAGGCAAUGCCAGUAGUAGAUAUUAACAAGGUAGUUUUAAUACUUAUUGUUAUAAUAACAGUUUUAUUAUAACUACCUUGGGUAGUAAUAAUAAAUGAUAAUUUAAUUGAUAAUAAAUUAAUAUAUAGAAGUUAUGAUGAUUUAUGAUGCACCUGUGUAGCCAUAAUUAGAGUAUAAUUGUAGAGGUAGCUUUACUUGUUAGUAAAUACUAAAUAGAAUUCUGUUCUAUUAAUUCGCACUCGUGAUGUUUUCAUGGAAGGUAUUAGUGUGAAUGACAAUUGCUAUGAAUUGUAUUAACCAGACAAUAGUCAAAACUAGUCAUACUUCACCGCAAUGUUGUCUAUAAGAAAACAGGUGCAAUAUUAAACAAAUAUUAAAGAAAAUAUAAAAAUAUAUUUACCAUAAUAUGAUAUAUAUAUAUUGUUGACAAAGCAACACUAUUUACCGAACUCUGCUCGGAAUUGUUUUUCAUUAGCAAUGGUUUAUUUCUGUGAAUGGAUGUACAUUAAAUUAAGGUCUAUAUCCUACCUUCCCAAUUGCCCAACUACACCAGUGACUGCACUCAUUCCCAUUACUCUAGACAGAUUUUUUUUUUAUAUAAAACUAACUGUAUGUAUAAUAUUUAAAUUGAAAAUGUAACCAUAACAAAUAAUGUAAUAAAAGUUUUUAAAUAUUAAAAUUAAGUACCUAGUCAAAAUAAUUGUGUAUAAUCAUGUAAUAAAAUAUGGCACGUGUAAUGCAGGGCUUAACAAUUCUUUUGUAAAUUUGUGUACACAUUACUGUGAACUGUUAUACGUUGAUGAUUUGACUUAAAAAAAAAGCUAUUCUAGGAUAAUGGGGACAACUACAGCAACUGUUGGACUGAGAUUUUGGGAAGGUAGUAGAGGGAAAGUUUAAUGUAUAUCUGUAAAUAACGAUAAACCAUUGUUAAUGAAAAAACAAUUUCUUGAAUAUUGUACUAAUUUUUACGUUUUUCUUAAGUUUUUCCCAUUUUUUAUUGGAAAAAUCAAAAAAUAACCUCUAAAUUAAUUCCUCAGGCAGAUUUCCUUUUAGAAAAAGUAUUAUUGUAAAUCUGAGCAAAAUUACUGAUAAAAAUUGUCCAUAAAAAAAAAAAAAUUGUAAAAUCAAUACAUUUCUUAUUCUAUUCAGAAUCUAAAAAUAAAAUUAAAAGCACUUACAGUUGCAUGAUUUGUGAUUAAUUUGGCAUAAAUGUUGAAACCAAAAUAUUCUAAAAACAAUUUUUAGUAAAACAUGCAUUUAAAAACGUUUAAAAAUAUUUAUUCUUUUUUACAAUUUUUGUGUGAUCAAAAUUAAUAUUUACCUACUUUCUUUUACUUAAAAUUUCUGAGUAAAAAAAAUGUAUUGAUAUAACUUAUUAUAAUAAGAAUCAAAAAUUAAAGGGCUCAGGGCAAUAAGACAAAUCUACUUUUUGAAAUUGUUUAAAUAUAAGAAAAUUAUAAUAUACCUAUAGAACUUAUCUUCUUUUUGAUCAGAAUUUCAUUUAACUAACAAGACAAGUUUGGAAUAUCCUUUUUGUACCAUUGAUGAUUUAUUCAUUCCCGUAACAGGCUAAUUUUCAAGAUGAUGCAUGUCACCAUGGGCACUGAUUAUUGGGGUACCGUUGUGCUCAAGCACCCUAUGAAAUAAUAAUAAAAAAUGUAAUUUGUAAUUUAUUUUUGAUAUUUGUUAUGUAAUAUUUAUAUUAUUGUUGAUAAACUUUUUUUUUCUUUUAAAACGAUUAAUGUUUUUUUUUUUUUUUUUUGAAAGCUUUGCUUGUCUUUAAUUUUCAUGCACAUGUAUAUAUUUUGUUCUCUACUCUAGGCCACUGUUUGUUCUGUUAUAUUAAUUCAAAAUAUAUUCUUAUUAUUUAUAUUUUAUAGAAAAGUUUAAGCUAUAGUGAUAUUGUACAAAGUUUACAAGUAUUGAAUCUAAUCGCUGAUGUUACUAAGGCAGUUGUUUCUGAAAAUGUUGAUUUAACUUGGGAUCAUCUGGCAAAAUUAAAGAAGUUUUUCCCAGUAAACUUUAUUUAUAUUAAGUAUGAAUUAAAAUAUUCAUAUAUAUAAAUAUUUAUUUAUUUUAUAGAAUCAAGAACUUGAUGCAGGGUUAAAAUUACAAUACUGGAGCGCACUUGAUGCUUGUAGACGUUUUAAAAUUAUAAAUAAAUGUAGCUUUGGAAUAUUGACUUUUAUGAAUAUUAAGGAAUGUGUAGACAUAGUUCAUAAUCAAUUAGAACAAAACAAAGGAGGUAGUUAUAAAAUUUGAAAAUGUAUUGUAAUUUAUUAACAAAAAUGUUCUAUAGUUAUAAAUGUUCUGCAACAACUUAAUAAUGCAAUAAAAUGGAAAGACUUAAAUGCAGUGAAACAAUGCAUCACAAAUCCUAUAUUGCAAUUAGAAUAUCAGGUCAAAUCCAAAGAUUUUCCAUAUGCUUAUGAAUUAUUAUUGGUAUGUUCAAUUGUAUAAUCUAUGUUAAUACAAAUUACAAUGAAUUUGUCAACUUAAGACGAAAUUGUCUCAUGUCAAAUAUAAUGAUACUGCUUUUUUUUACAAACUUAUUAUAUUUUAAAGCUUUAGUAUCUUAACUCAUUGACUUAAUUCACAAAAAAUGCUGGUCUUUAUAUUGAAACAAUAUUAAAAUUUAAUUAUUAAUACUAAUAUAUGACAUAAUUUAUAUUUUUAGAAUCGCCAAAAUGACUCAGAAGAUGGAGUUGAAAUAUGGAAAGACGAUGUUGAAGAUGUUUUAAAAAGAGUAUGCGAUGAAGUUGAAAGUAUUCAUAGAAGUAACGUCUUCAAUAAAUUGUUAAAUAAAUUGUAUCUAAGAGAAUAUAAUUUUGUAUAGGUGCUGAAUGGCUUUUGUCAGUGAAUUUGUUAUUAGUUAAAAAUGAUAGAUCAAUGUUAGCUCAAGAAAUACUUAAACUUGUUCCAAUGACCGAAAUAGAACAACAAGAAACAUUUAUUGUUUUAUUACAUUUACUGAAGUCAAAGGUAAGAUAUAGUUUUAGAAUUUAUAUUUACAAAUAUUAAAUAUAUUGUAAAAUCUCUAUUCGUUUUUUUUAUCCCCAAUAUAACCAAUAUAAAUAAAAAUGCUUUAUUUCAUCUUUAAGGUGAAAUAUAAAGGUCCCUGGGUUAUACAUCAAACACCUUAUGGCCGAUGUGUUUAUUUAAACCUCGAAACAUUGGACUACUCGUGGGAAAAGCUCAAUUUUCUUCCUACAGCAAAGUAUUUAAAUAUGGAAGAAAUACAGGUAAAUUGAAAAUAUAUUUUUACUAUAUAAACUGAUCAUUUAAAUUUCUAAUAUUUUUACUUCAGACUACUAUAAUGAAUAUAAAAAAAAAAUACCAACAUCUAAAGAAUUCUAAACAAAUUAAUGAAAUUAUUACUCAACUUCAAGCACAUAUUCGUGGAUAUUUAGUUAGACAAGAAAUGAAAAAUAAAAUGAAGUGUUAUAACAAACAAGAAAUAUAUGCUUUAAAAAUACAAGUUAGUAAUCAUUUUUUUCUUUUUCAAUAUGAAUUUAUUCAAAUAUGAUUUCAGAAAUGGUGGCGAUGUAUGUUAUUUCAAAGAAAAUGGUCAGCUUUAAUAAAGGAAGUUAGAAAUCAAUUAAAACCUUUUCAACGUAUCUAUACUGGAAAUGAUGUUAGUAAUAAUAAAAAUGUAUUAUUAAAUUGAAUAAGUUGAUUAACAGUAUAUGUUCUAGAUAAAAAAUAUAGUAAAAUUACAAGCUAUUUGGAGAGGUAAAAUGGUUCGCAAACAUUUUUAUCUAUUAUUUCGUACAGAAAAUCCAUCUUAUAAGAUUGUUAAGCAUUUUUCUCGCUUACUUAAUUUUAAUUUGGAAGAUUAUUAUCGUGAACUAGAAUUACAAGUGAGUUUUUUUUUUAUAUAUAAUUAAAGCACCUUUAUUAUUUAUAUAUAUAUUUAUUUAUUUUAGAAUCUGCGUAGUCAAAUUACUCAACUCAUACGUCAAAGUAAUAAAAUGUCACAUGAAGCUGAUGAUUUGGAUAUAAAAAUUGGUUUACUUAUUCAAAAUAGAAUAUCUUUACAGGUAAUAAUAAUAAUCUUAAUAUUGUAAUAGGAUGAAAUAAUAAUUGUAUACAAUAUAAAUGUGUUAUUUAGGAUUUUUUUAGUCAUAAUUUGAAAACCAAUGAAAAUGUUAAUAAUAAAUUACAACAACCAAAUAAUACACAACAUUCAAUUAGUUUAAUGUCUUUAAAUAAAAAUAGCAAACAUCUUUUAGAAUGUUAUCAAAAUUUAUUUUAUAUGCUUCAAACAAAACCAUAUUAUUUAACCAAACUUAUAUUCUGUUUGCCAUAUUCAGUUCGUCACAUUUCUAAGUAAUUAUUUAUUUAUUUAUUUUAUUAUAGUUUUAAUAUUAAUUUCAAUCAAUUUCAGAUUUUUAGAACAAAUUCUUAUGUCGGUUUUUAAUGCUGGAAGUAAUAGCCGUGAUGCUUAUUUUAUGUUGAAACUAUUAACAUCGGCAUUAAAAGAAGAAAUCAAAAUAAAUUGUACUACAGCAGCCGAAAUAAAAACAUCAAAUUUAUAUAUAUUGAAGGCAAUUGUUGAUCAAGCAAGAUGUUUUGAUAAUCAAAAACGUUUAAAUACAAUCUUUAGAACAGUAGUAGAAAAAGUAUAUAAUUUAAAACAAAUAAUGGUUUUUAAGGUUGUUAUGAAAAUUUGAGAAACUUAUAAUUGUAUUAUUUUUAUUCAGCUGAUACAUCAUAGAAAUAAUUUAUUUAUUGAUACAAACCCAGUAACGAUUUACAGAACGUGGCGUAAUGAAUUAGAAACUAAUACUGGAGAAAUUUCGUAAGGAUCAUUAAUUUUGUUAUUGGAUUUAAUUACAGUAAAAAUUAUAAUAGCUAAUGUCGUGAUUUUCAAUAUAUUAAUUAAAAUAAAUAUAUAUUUUUAUUUAUUAAUUUUAUGUCGUUUGUUAUUAGAGAUUUACCAAAUUCAGUAGACCAACAUACUGCACUGAAAUAUGAUGAAGUUCAAAAAAGGUUAACCUAUAACUUAGAACAGCUUCAAAACAUUACCGAAGAAUUUUUAAAUAAAAUAUUGGAUUCUAAAGCUGUUAUACCAUAUGCCAUAUUAUAUACUGCCCGGAUAUUGCGUGAAACCAUACAAGAAUUGUUCCCCGAUACACGAGAAAACGAGAUUUAUAAAGUAUGUAUCAUUCUAAUAUAAUAAGUUUAAUGAAUUGUAUUUCAAUUAAAAUAUUUGGAUUAAAAAUAUAUUUAGAUAAUCGGCUACUUUGUUUAUAAUCUAUAUAUGAAUCCAGUAAUUAUAACGCCAGAAAUAUAUGAUAUAUUUGAAACUAAAAUCGAAGAUGGAAUAAGUUAUCGCCAGCGCCACAAUCUGGCAAGUGUAGCAAAAAUCCUACAAUAUGCAUCAAACAAAAAAGGGGUAAAUAAAUAUUGUUUAGAUAUUUUUUAUAAUGGUAUACAUAAUAUUACUGAUUUUUUUUUUUUUUUAGUACAAAGAUGAAGUCCAUUUAAAAUGUAUGAACCCCUUUAUUCUCGACUGUUACACAAAAUUAAAAUUGUUUUUCAACAAUUGUAGUAUUGUUGAUGACCCAGAAGUUUUUUAUAACAUGAAUGAAUUUACAGAUGUAACACUUCUUACUAAGCCAACAAUAAAUAUAACAUUACAAGUAUAUAAAAUAAUAAUAUUUUUUAAUUUCCUUUAUCUAUCUUCAGUGUCAAUUUUAUUCCUUGCUAAAUUCCUUAAAAGUGCCCCUAAUACUCAUCAUCUUCAUUCUAAAUACUGGACUGUAUAUAUAUAUUAGUUUAUAACAUUUGUCUGUUCUAAUUUUCAUACAAAAUUUUAAUAAAAAAAAAUUUAAAUAUAUUUUAUAAUAGGGGAUUAAUUAAACCCUUAUUGAACCUUAUUACUUCAAUUUAGGAAAUACAAGAAACACAUUCUUUAUUACUUGAAAAUAUUGAUCAAGUUGCACCUGAUCCCAAUGAUCCUAUUCAUCAAUUGCUUGACGAAUUGGGACCUUCUGCACCAACAAUUUCACAACUUUAUGGCUGUAAGUCUAUUUUAUAUUUUUUCUUUUUCAUAAUGUACUUAAAGUUUUUUUAUUUGUAGCCGAUGAUGAUGAUGUUAUGGUUCAAAGACGCAUUGCAACAGUUCAAGUUUGUCUCACAUUAUCAGAUAAAUUUGAACCCAAUACUAAAACAGCUUCUGUGACUAAAUUGUUUAUAAAGUAAGUAUAUUUUUAAUAAUUUUAAAUUUAUAACUAAUAUAAAUCUGUUUAUUUUAGAACUAAGGAACUAUUAAUAAGAGUGCUACCAUAUUUAAGUGGACAUACACUGCUUGGAUCUUUAAGGAUAGAGUCAACUCCAGAUGAAGAAGCUCGGUUUGCUGAAAGAGAUACUAAAAUAAUAGCAUCUGGAAAUGUUGUAAAUUACGAGGAGUAAGUAAAAUUUAUGUCUAAUUAAUUCAUAAAAAUACUCAUUUCUUUAGUUUAUGUUGUCAAUGUUAUAUGUUCAUUUGAAUAGAGGAACAUUAAAAGAAAUCAAGGCAAAAUUAAAAAAACAUUUGAAAAUAUUAGAAGAAGAAAAUAUUAUAUCAAAGGAUGAUGGAUACCAAGGUAUAAUAACAUCUGUGGCAAAAGAUAUUUGUUUCAGAAAUAAAUAUCGUCAAAUACAAAUCAAGGUUUGUACUAAAUAGUAAAAAUAUAUUAUUGUGUACAAUUUUGAAUAUUUAUUUUCAGGAAUUGUUAAUGUUUAAAUUAACUAAACAAAGAUUGGACGAAAAAAUAAAAUAUUUAGAUGACAAAAUCAAAUCAUAUGAACAGUAUAUACAAACUUGUUUAGAUAAACAUAAUACAGGCCAGAAGUAAAAAUAAUUGUUUUAUUUAUUGAAAUUGUAUGGUUUUAUCAUUUUAUUCUUUCAGAAAACAAAAAACUGCAUCUAAUAAAUGCAAACAAUUGAAGUCUAAAAAAAGUAUAAAAUAUACAGCAGCAAAAUUAAGAGAAAAAGGUGUUCUAAUUGAAGUGGAAGGGCUUCCAGAAGGACAAUUUAAAAAUGCUCAAUUUGAAAUCAGUCCAACUGAUAUGCAUGGAGUGUUUUUAGUCAAGGGAAAAUUUAUGGGAGUAGAAAUGGAAACUAUUUAUAUUGACAUACAGGUAUAAAUAAUAAUUUAAUAAUAUUGUUCAACUUUAAUUGGAAUACAAGUUUUGUUAAUUCUUUAUUAUUCCAUAUCUUAUAACAUCAAUCCAUUUCUUCAUUAAGGAAUACAGAAUACACUUUCUGUUCUUUAUGUACUAUUAAACCUAUUUGUAUUCUUUAUAAUUACUAUUUAUAAUUUGAAUGAAUUAUGUUUUCUUUAUUGAAGGAUUUGUUAAAACGUCAAUUUGAAGAUGCAACAAUAAUGGACAUUUUUGGAACUGCCAAAAUUAAUGUUAAUUUAUUACUGUUUUUAUUAAACAAAAAAUUCUAUUGUAAACAUUAAAAAACUAAUUUUAUUAAAUAAGUAUUAUUUUGAAAAUUACAAUAAGCAUAUUAUAAUAACGACUGUGUCAUUAUGUAUUAUAUUAUAUUUUUUUAAUUUUGAUUUAGUUUAUAAGUUACUGAUAA